CGCUCUCCGCUCCCUCUCCCUCAGUCGUUCGCGCGCGUCGUUUGUGAUAACUCGUCUGCGCGUUAUCCGCUGUUUGCCGCGUAUUAUGUUUACAAUAGUGUUGUUAUUGUUUUCGUUAUUAUAAAAAAAUACAUAAUUUAAGUGUUUUGUGCUGUGUUCCGAAGUGCAAUAUAGAAUUGAAACAGUUCAAUAUUAAAUUGUGGAUCACAAGGAGCAGACAAGCACGGCAAGCACCGAGCUCAGCUCGGGUCAUGUGGUCAGCAGGCCAGGGGCGCGGCACGGCGUGAUGAGGCGCGCGUGCGACAACCUUGCCUGGCCGGUGGUGGCGUGCGCGCUGCUUAUGGCAUGCGCGCGCGCCGAUGCCGCAGGCGACAACAAACUACCCACGGGAAUAUGCUCGUCGAUGGAUAUAAGGAACAAGCCGGAGAGCUUCGCGCAGCUGAAAGGCUGCCGAGUCAUCGAAGGCACGCUGAGUAUGGUGUUAAUGGAACGCGCCACGCCCAAGAUCUUCGAGAACAUGAGCUUUCCAGAACUGAGAGAGGUCACCGAUUAUAUAGUGAUGUAUAGGACGAAAGGUGUGCAGAAUCUGGGUGACCUUUUUCCCAAUCUCACGGUGAUACGUGGAAUGCAACUCUUCAAGGAUUUCGCUCUCGUUAUAUUCGAUAAUGAGCAUCUGGAAUCUGUGGGGCUUCGGUCUUUGGUGAAGAUUGAGAGAGGCGGAGUGCGGAUACAACAGAACGACAGGCUUUGUUAUGCUAACACUAUCGACUGGUCCUUGAUCACAUCGGAACAUGCUGUCAACAUUAUUAGGUUAAACUACGACACGCGACUGUGUGGGCUGUGCCCAUAUGCACAGAGUCGAGUGGACGGGGACCAUCGACAGUCGCAUGCGCAGUGCCCGACUGAUGGAUCUGGUCGGCUGUUAUGUUGGGAUGAUAAACACUGUCAGAAGGUUUGUCCAAAGAAAUGCGGUGACAGUGGGUGUCUAAAUAAUGGCACAUGUUGCCAUGCGUCCUGCCUGGGCGGUUGCACCGGGCCCACCUCCUGGGAUUGCCACGCCUGCCGAAACUUCUCCAUCGGGGAUGGUCCUGAAAGAAAAUGCGUAGAGAAAUGCCCCUCUGAUCUUUAUGAGUUGUUCCACCGCUGCGUGACGGAGUCCGCGUGCCGCGCCACGAAGCCGCCCACCAACGCCGAGGCGGACCACCGCGGCGCCUCGCCACACAUCCGCAAGUACAAGAUAUUCAACAACAGCUGCGUGUUUACCUGCCGCAGCGGGUACAUGGAGGUGGGCGAUGCUAACAACUUGACAUGCCAGCAAUGUCCGGCGUCGGGCUGCGUGAAGGAGUGCGCGGGGGGCAAGAUAGACUCCGUGGCGGCGGCGGAGCAGUUCCAGGGCUGCACGCACAUCAAGGGGAAACUAGAGAUCAAUAUCCGCGCCUCUGGUGGUAAUACUUUAGCAGUAUUAGAAAACUCAUUGGGCGACAUACGAGAAAUAACUGGUAUGUUACAAGUGGUGCGCGCGUUUCCACUAGUGUCGUUGAUGUUUCUCAAGAAACUGAGGAAAAUCACGGGAUCCUGGGAACCAGGUGCCAAAAAUCGUGGUCAAGUGAUACAUAUAUUCAACAACCCGAACCUUGAGUUACUGUGGGACUGGCCGAGUCAUGGCCCCAUCGACAUCGUGGGAGGCAGUCUGUUCAUACAUCUCAACCCAAAGCUGUGCUACAUCAACAUACUGCCGCUAAAGAACAUGACCAGGGAACCGCGCUCUAAUUUCACCGAAAUUGAAGUGUCGGAGGAUAACAAUGGAAACCAGGCUUCCUGUUUGCCGGACAAGCUGCAUGUGAAAGCGAGUCAGUUGUAUGACAAGGCAGUGGUACUGUCGUGGAACAUGUACUGUCCUGAAGAUAUGCGCAAGUUGUUAGGAUACUCCAUCUACUACAUCGCGACGGAUCUUAACGUCACCCUCUAUGAACAGAGGGAUGUCUGCUCAGAUCGAUGGAACGUUCUCGAUAUAACAGCAGAUGAAGCGCGUAACUACACGAGGGAUGCUCCUGCCGGCAAUCAAAACCAAAACGAGAUUCUGUUGAACCCUUGUCAAAACAGACAACCCUUGUUCUGUCCAGUCUCACACCUCACCCCCUUCACUCGUUACGCAGCGUACGUCAAGACAUACACUACCACGCAGGAGAAGAAGGGCGCACAGAGUUCCAUCAUAUAUUUCGUUACUUUACCUGAAAGGCCGAGUCCCCCGGUGGCGCUGUCGGUAGAGAUGGUGUCUCCCCACUCAGUGUUCAUCAGUUGGUCGCCGCCCACGAUGCCCAACGGGACCAUCAUACUCUACCACGUCGAAGUACAAGCCAACAGCUACAACAAACCCAAGAUAUUGGCUGGAAAUACUAAUUAUUGUUCCAAUCCGAGUCUCCUGACCAACAUGAUCACAGCGCAAUCCGAGGAACCUGCGGAAACACAGGAGCAAAAGACUACCGGUGACGUCACAAAUGGCUCGUGUGCUUGCAAGGAAGAGGACAAACCAGGCACCCGGUUCAAUUCCCGCAUAGAGGAAGACCGCAGGGAGACUAUCGCCUUUGAGAAUCAGCUGCAGAAUACUGUCUACGUAAAGAAUGAUAAUAGACCGAAAGCGAAGAGAGUGAAGCGUUCCGUCGACCACACCCUGAACAGUAUGCUUGUGAAACUGACAAAAAACUUUGAGCCCCAGGUUGGACUGAACUACACGAACAGCACGGACGAGGAAGCCAACUGCAGUCGCAUCGAGCCUAAUGCUUGCGUCGUAAAGGACUCCACAGGCUAUGUGAAGUCGUUGUACUUCGAGCUGGGCGGCAAGGUGCAGACGCUGAAGGUGACCAACAUGCGCCACUUCACGUGGUACACCGUCAGCAUCUGGGCGUGUCGCUCCCGCCACGAGAACGAGUCCGUCGCCGACUACAACGACAAGUGGUGCUCCAACCGGUCCUACAACACCUUCCGCACUCCGGAACGAGUGAACGCGGAUAUAGUGGACAAUUUGCAAGCUGAAGUGAUUAUAUCAAACAAAACGUUAGGUGAAGUGAACGUCACUUGGAAACCGCCGAAAAAUCCGAACGGAUUUGUCGUAGCGUACUCCGUGUACUACACCCGUGUUGACGAGAGCACAUCAUUGACGCCGUCUGGUUUGCAGGGUUGUGUGACAGCGGACGAGUACGAGAAGAAUGGCCACAGCUACACCCUGCGCAGCCUGGCGCCAGGGAACUAUACCAUCGAGGUCACGCCCAUCACUGUCGCUGGCUCAGGAAACACCUCCGCUGUACAUCCACCCAUCUUCAUACCGGAGAGGUCGGCGGAGAGCGCGUACGAGUGGGUGUGGGGCGUGGUGGGGGGCUGCGUGAUGAUGGGCGCGCUGCUGGGCGCCGGCCUGUGGUACGCGCGCCGCGCCCUGCUGCCCUCCGCCGAGGCCAACAAACUCUUCGCCAGCGUCAACCCGGAGUAUGUCUCCACCAUGUACGUGCCCGACGAGUGGGAGGUGCCGCGCGCCUCCGUCGAGUUCAUUCGGGAGCUGGGCCAGGGCUCCUUCGGAAUGGUAUACGAAGGCCUUGCUAAAGGUAUAGAAAAAGGAAAAGCGGAGACACGGUGUGCUGUUAAAACUGUCAACGAGCACGCCACUGACAGGGAACGUCAAGAAUUCUUGAACGAGGCUUCGGUGAUGAAGGCAUUCGACACGUUCCAUGUAGUGCGACUGCUGGGCGUGGUAUCUCGCGGACAGCCCACGCUCGUCAUCAUGGAGCUCAUGGAGUUCGGGGACCUCAAGACGUACCUGCGCUCGCACAGACCUGAUGCAGACGCAUCGCUCCCGCGCAAGGGCGGCAGUGAUCCUCCUACAUUGGAGAAUAUACUACAGAUGGCUAUAGAAAUAGCCGACGGUAUGGCCUACCUAUCGGCCAAAAAAUUCGUGCACCGCGAUCUCGCGGCGCGCAACUGUAUGGUCGCCGGAGACCUUACCGUGAAGGUCGGGGACUUCGGUAUGACCAGAGACAUCUACGAGACUGAUUACUAUAGGAAAGGCACCAAAGGCCUAUUGCCGGUGCGCUGGAUGAGUCCAGAGAGCCUCAAAGAUGGAGUGUUCUCGAGUAGUAGCGACGUGUGGAGUUAUGGCGUCGUGUUGUGGGAGAUGGCGACGCUCGCCAUGCAGCCCUACCAGGGGCUGUCCAACGAGCAGGUGGUGCGGUACGUGGUGGAGGGCGGCGUGAUGGAGCGGCCGGAGCACUGCCCGGACCGCCUGUACGAGCUGAUGCGCGCGUGCUGGGCGCACCGCGCGCCCACGCGGCCGUCCUUCCUGCAGCUGGUGGCGGACCUGGCGCCGUCCGCGCACGCCCACUUCCGCCAGCGGAGCUUCUUCCACACGCCGCAGGGACAGGAGAUGUACUCGCUGCAGCGCACCACCAUGGAGGACGAGGCGGAGCUGGCCGAGGUGAACGUGGGCGCCGUUGCCACCGGCUCCGGCUCCAACCUGUUCGGCGUGUCGGGGCGGCUUGCGUCCUGGGUGCGCGAGCUGUCCUCGCUGCGCUCGCGCGCCUCCGAAGACGCGGCCGCCGAGCCGCUGCAGCCGCUGCGCGCGGACCCCAAGGGGAACGGCGGGCCUCUACCGCCCUGCUAGCCCCGCUGGCCGCGCUAGCCCCGCUAGUCUCGCUGGCCGCGCUAGCACUGUGAGCCCCGCGAGCCCCGCCGGACUAUGCUACGUGGCGGGGCUCGCCCGCAUUUAUUACGUUAUCGUGCGCCCGAUGGACGGACGCUCGAGUAUUGUUGUUUUUCAAGAGCUCGACGCGAGAGGGCGAUGCGUUUGUUUUCGUGUGACGAUUCGUUUUCAUAUCAGGAAAGUAAUAUUUUUGCUGAGACGAUAUUAAGUGAGUCGAUAUGUCUCGACGUGAAUCCUAUAUAGUUUACCUCGACGUUAUUAUAUAGUUAUAGAUCGAUGUCACUUUUGACAUAGCCUAUUAAUGUUAAGUUUACCAUUUAAGAUGUAAAGCGUGUAUAGUUUUAUGUAGGCGAGAUCGUGUACAAAUUAUUUUUAUUAUUAUUAAUUUCUUGACGUAUAGUUCGGUACCUUGCUACUGUUUCAAAGUGAACAAGUAACAGGUGUCAAAUUCGUUGAAGUUGUUAUGUUGUUGUGCCAAGUACUUUUAUUACAAACGUACUUGCGAAAUGAAUUUGUCACUUGUCCUAAUAAAUACAAGUUGCAUCUGCUUAUAAUACUCAACUGUUGGAUUUGCCGCUUUAGAUAUCAGCUAUUUUUCUACUUGUAUAAAGUAUAAUUUGAAAUAUUGAAUUAAAAUAAAAUUAACCACCAAAGAUUUGGAAAGUAAACGUCUAAAUUUACAAGUCUUUUAUGCUGUUACUUAUUGUAGCUGUGUUAUCAAUGUUUGCAAAGAUAAUUAUAUAAUUGUAUUAGAGUAAUUAUACAGGGUCGUUUCAAAUUAGUUGUAACUGGUUUUAGUAGGAACGUGAAGCAACACCCACAGUUUAGUCAUAAUGCGUAAGUUAACGAGAAAAGACGAAAAACGUGUUACUUAGUGUUGCCGGCCAUACGUAUCGAUAUAUAUUGUAACAUGCAGACCGCACGAGGGCUCACGGCUCGUGCGCUUUGCACAGCGAGUACUUACUAGUGCCAGUUAAGUGACAACGUUGAAUUUAAAUGACUUUAUAUACCGCAACAUUUGUUUAACAACAUGUUAUUGUGUACGUGAAUAUAAAUGUAGAUCGUAAUCAUGUUACAGUUAUUCUCAGUUACAAGUUACGCCGAUAACAAUGUGUUCCCCAUCGACUUAAAUGCAAUAGACAAUUCCUGCCACUAUUGUUAAAUAUUUAUAUUACUAGACUGCAUACUAUUAUUGUUUAAAUACGAGUAAAUGUUAUGUAACCAAAGUAUGAGUGCAACUGACAGUGUGCCUAUAUUUACAGUGGUUCAUCGCUUGUACACAAUGGGUAGCUGGAGUUUGAUACUAUUUCAAAACUUAAACAUUCUGAUCUAAGAUCGAGACGAUUAUAAGUUAUCUGAUUAGAUAGUUGACUUACUAGUAAUUAAGCAAUUAUAGGGUGCGUCCCUAUUAGUACAAUAACAGAUUUUUAGAGCGAUAGUUAAUACAAUCAUGUAUGCAAAGCUCAUACCAUCUAUCACCUUCUGAACUAUCCAGUUCUAUACUCAAUUCAUUUUGUCACAAGUUUUUACAUAAUAAUUAUGUACGGCGUUAUUUGAAUAAAAAACUAGAAUUAAUUAAAACAAUUCUAAUCUUGAAUUCAUCUUGAUAGCUAGUAGACACUAUAUUUGUUUUCUUGGUAGAAGACUACUAGUUUAUCUCUUCCUUUAUAGCCAUUGAUGAAUUUCAUAUAGAAAACGUAAAAAAUGCAAUUUAUUAAUCGUAUUAUAUCUUUUUUUAUUUGACGGGUUUUAAUAAAUAGCUGAAAUUCUGUGCGCAUCUCUUAGUACCUAAUUCAUUUGAACAAGUGAUGAUCUACUGUACGGCAUAAAUAGGUGACCUAUGGCAUAAUAAGCACAAGCGUUGCGUAGGCCACAUGGCAUGAAGCAGGAUACAGAGCUCAAAUAUAAAAAAAAAAACUGAUGCUCUUUAUGAAUCUGAUCCGAGUACAUAAGUAUAUUUAUACUUUUUAUAUUUUGUAUGAGUCAUGUGUGCUAGCCCUUUAUUACAUGCAGAGCCAAUCAGUGAACCAUCUCCAUAAUAUUGUUACAACGUACUGUAGUAUCUCAUUGUAGAUAAUAACUUAAUAAGUUACUGAUAUAGCAUAUUUAUAAAAUGCGAAUAUAUUUAUGUCUGUAAGGUUGCUAAGUAUAGAAACGUUUCAAUGAGAACAUGCUUAAAGUCCAACUUUUAUUGUGUUCAUAUUGUUCCAUUUGUAUAGUUACAGUUUUGUACUUUAGUCCACUGCAAUAUAUGUGUAGUAACACAACGUAAUAGCUAGGUAUAAUAUAACUAUGUAGUUCCUUUUUAUUAUUUUUGUUCACAUUUAUUGUGCAGUGAUUUUUGGCAGCAAGUUUGUAGAUAUUAUUGACUUUGUUAAUUUAAUUAAUGACAUGCCUAGAAAUAGAUAAGGUCGUGGGGUGAAUUUAUGAUGGUUUGAAUAUGAAUUUACAAUUACAUUUGAUUUACAUUUAAUUUUGUAUUUUAUACUUACAACUACAUUGAUAGCAAGUUUCUUGUUAAAUUUAACUAGGAAAAUGUUAGCUACAUAAUAUUGUAAUUAACUGUAAUAAAAUAUAAUUAUAUUAAUAUACAAUCAACCAAAGGUAAACUCCAAUAAUGUACAACAGUGGUGGACGUCAGACCCCAGCAGUGAGCGCGGCUGGGGUCCGAGGCCCGCUCUAGUAAAUAACAACUGUUACGAUAAUGUGGUUUAAGGGUUUAAACGAGUGCCUUCAGACAUCCAGCCUUUAUUGCAUGCAGGUUUGUUGAUUGUGUGAGGUGGACACAUGCCGCAUGCAUUCAGUACUCUCUAUUUCUUUUAUAUACACGUGUUCGUUUAACAAGUAACGCUAGAAUGUCGAGUAUACAAUUGUUUUCAUUUUAACACAAUCAAGAAACUGUGCCACGGAAAUCAAUUCAGCUCGGUUGGCUAUGUAUAUGGGCGAUAUGUUACGAAUGGCUUACCGAUAGUAUUUUAUUUAAGUCGUUGACCACCUUUAUUUGUGAAUUAGUAA